AUGUCUUCACCAUCUAUAAUUUCCGAUAUUUCCGGAUACAAAACACAGCUCGAUGAGUUUUUGUCAAGAAAAUACGUUGAUCAGCCACUUUUAUUAGGUUUCACUGCCGUUGUUCAUAGCAAAUUUUCGAAUUGGAUUCAAAGUGACAUUGAGUCUUAUUACGAUCAGACCCUGCAAACUCACAAUGGUCAGCCUAAUCCUGUUAGUUUUGCGCUGAUCCAAUUAUUCGAAACGAUGUGGGGUAAGUUUCACCAUCCUAUAAUCAAGUUCUACCAGUUUCAGCACGCAGAACUUUACAAUUCACUGAUUGGCACUUUGAAAUCAGCGAAGCCUGAAUUUAAAGCAGUCGAGAUGAGGAAGUUGAACGAAACAUUCACCAAGUUUAUCAAAUCCGCCAACGACUUUUAUCAUAACCUUUUGCAGAAACUCAUGCUCAAGUACAACGUGCUGCUCAUUCCAGAAAACUGGUUCAGCGGAAUCAAUAUUAAGACAUCAGAGAAUGGACUAAAGUCUCCAAACCCAGAUUUUGAUGCCAAUUUAACCUACAUUGUCUACCACUGUUUGUUAGGACUAGGAAAUUUAGCUCGUCAUUCCACACAAAUAAGCGUUUCCUACGCACAGCCUUGCAAGUCGGUGUCAGAGUACUACAAAUGCAUCAAAAAUCAAAAAUCUACUAAUACAGAGGCGAAACUCAAAUACAGCACUGCCAUGCAAUACUACUCGUUAUGUCUGGGCUUACUUCCAACAUUGAACGAGCCAUACAACAGUCAAGGUGUUAUAUACAACAACCUAAAGAUGAAGUUCAAUGCAACAAUUUUGUUCUUGAGAUCACAGUUCACGAGAAUACCAGAGUAUCCCGUUGGAAAACAUAAUUUGGAUACAAUAUUCACUAAACCAUGGUUGGAGGCAGCUUUCCACGAAACUGCCCAAAAAAAGCCUAGCGAACUUGGAAAAGAAGACUAUGAGACAAUGUUGCUCAAAAUAAUCAAACAUUACAAUUACAGAGAUGCUCGUCUGGGCUCUUUCAACGUGGAGAAAGCCCAGCAUGACUUACUCAACUAUUUAUUCCCCCUCCUGAGCGAGAUCGGGUUUGCUGAAUACGCGAAAGACAUCGAGAAUCAACUCACGGUUCUUAUUUGCUUUUACUCCAUUAUGGCUGAUGCUCGUCCAGCUCCAAGGAGCCAGUAUCGUCUUUUUCUUUCAGCCUAUUUCUCCAGAUACCUCCAGAAUGUCGAAAAGUUAUCCGAAGGAAGCGUUACUGGUGCACUCAAGAAUAUCAGACUUAUUUUGGCAUUCGCCAGAAAAAAUCAAAAUAUGUGCAACUUCGAAGAGAGCUUCGUCGGUGCAUUGAAUUCUUUGUCCGGGAGGUUUGACGACAGAACCAGGGCAAAAAUAUUCGAUGAAGACAGCGAAACUCCUGUCCGAAGCUACUACUUUGAAGAGGAUGUAGAAUUCAAGGACUUCCUGCCCAUUGGCUAUCAGUUCAAGGAUUUCAACGACAAUCAUUUGUUCACCAGUGGAAACGUGAACAUCCUCUUUGGAUCGGACUUUUAUGUCCGCAAUGAGGAUAUUCCCACGUUCCUUGACAAUGAAGCGGCACAACGAAUCAUGAAAGAGGCUGAGCUCGACGGCAAUACUAAGACUGGCCGAAUGAAUGCGGUUAGAGCAGAAUGUGAACAAUACGAGAAUAUGUUGAGACUUCAAGCUAUUUCUGCAAUGGCUUUGAAGAUUUAUGGAUCAAAAAUCCAUACAGAUUCAGAGAAACAAGUGUUUGUGCUUGCUAAGGUGGAUGUUCCAGAGACCCAAGUCCAGAGAGAGUCAGUAGCCAAACCUAUGCAGAAGCUCAAGAUUCAGACCAAGAAGCCAUUGAAACAGCAAAAUCAAGGCAAACAGUCAAUAACUUCCAAGGCCGAAAAGAAACCAACGCAUAAAACUAAGGAGAAAAAACCGUUCAAUAAAGCAUUGGAGAGCUCUGAAAAGUCACCAGUUCCACAUCAGACUAGUGCAGGUGGACCCCCUUCUUCACUCGAGGAAAUCGAGCUGAUCAUUUUGGGCCAUGCGUCGAGCUUGAAUAAGAAAGAUUCUAGUCACACUUCCAACAUUAUUGGCUCCAUGUAUUCUGGAGAUGAACCGCAACCACAGGAGAAGCCUAUGUCACAAAAGGUGACGAUCGCUAAACGAAAGCCAUCUGAAAAUGCCAUGGAAGCUCAGGUCAUUGCGACACAGCUGUCUGAAAAGGGUGAAUCACAGAAGAUUCAAUCUAGUCAGAACAUUCAAUCUAGUCAGAACAUUCAAUCGAGUCAGAACAUCCAGCCAACACAACAGAUUGUGUCAUCCAGCCAAAUUUCAGAAUUGACUGGACUGCAAGUUCUGCAGCCAUUCCAAACAGUCCACGGAACCCAAACUGUGAACGGAAUGCAACCUAACGGGACGCAACCUAAUGGUAUGCAACCUAAUGGUAUGCAACCUAAUGGAAUGCAACAACAAUUCAACCAGCAAUCUGUGGGUACUUACUUUCAAUAUCCAUCAAAUAUGUCCAUGUUCCCUCAAAACAACUUCGGAUAUCCAAUGCAGGGUCAAGUGCCGUCAAUGGGACAGAUGGGGCAAAGUCAGAAUCCUCAAGCGGGUCAAACGCCACAAAGCUUUCAAGCUCAAAUGACCAUGCCACAAGUUCCGAACACCAAUUUGCCAUACGAGGUGUAUGCACCUUUUCAAGCAAUACCUGGUCCAAACGUCCCGAACCACAUGUUUGGCAUGUGGAAUGGACACAAUGGCCCUAUGGGACAUUUUGCCAACGGUAUGUCCAGUCCAUUUGGACAAAGCGACUAUAAUGUACCAGUCAACAAUGGACAAAGCUACAAUGGACAAAGCUACAACGGGCAAAACCCGAAUGCUAAUUCGCAGCCACUGGUGAAUGCCCCAGGUUCAACAGAUUCUCCACCUCAAAGUCAAAGUCAAAGCUCCAAUGCACAUUCUCAAAUCUCAAAAAAUUCGCAGCAGAGCUACUACGCGUCCCAGUACUCUUACUAG